AUGGCCGCGCCCUCCCCUCCGCUCCUCCCCACCUCCGUCGCCCCGGCGGCAACACCAACCCCCACCCCCAUCCCCACCGCGUCUCUCCGCGACGUCGCCGCCGACGCCAACCCGGCCGCGGCGCGCGCUUUCCUCUCCCGCCUCCUCGACUCCGCCAGGCGCGCGCUCUCCGGCGCCCGCCCCUGGUCCGAGCUCGCCGACCGCUCCGCGCUCUCCCGCCCGGACUCCCUCUCCGACGCCACCUCCCGCCUCCGCAAGAAUCUCGCCUACUUCCGCGUCAACUACGCCGCCGUCGUCGCGCUCUCCCUCGCCGCCGCCCUCCUCGCCCACCCCUUCUCGCUCGCCGCCCUCCUCGCCCUGCUCGCCGCCUGGUGCCUCCUGUACAUCCUCCGCCCCGCCGACGCGCCGCCGCUCGCCGCGUUCGGGCGCACCUUCUCCGACAAGGAGGUGCUCGGGGGCCUCAUCGCAUCCUCGGCCUUCGUCGUCUUCCUCACCUCCGUCGGCUCGCUCAUCUUCUCCGCGCUCGCCCUCGGCGCCGCCGUCGUCUGCGCGCACGGCGCGUUCCGCGUCCCGGAGGACCUCUUCCUCGACGAGCCCGACCAGGCCGCCGGCAGCGGCAACCCGCUGCUGUCCUUCAUCGCCAACGCCACAGGAGGAGUAGGAGGAGGACGCGUCUGA